UGGGCAGUAACACAACAGCUUCGCCUGUUCUGCGUUGUUGUUGCCCUGGCUUGUGACCGCGAUGAAGAUCACCGCAGCCCUCGUGUCGGCUUUACUCUUGCCAGCGAGCUCCUUCGCUGGGCUGUCGUCAAUAUGGCGACACUCAGCCAAGAUCAAGCGUGACGGGUUCUUGACGGACAGCUUCGCCGUGCAGGGGAUUUCCACCAAUAUGGCGGUCCGACAGGUACCCGGGGAUGGCAACUGUCUCUUCCACGCGAUCUCCGCGUGCCUCGACCACGCCUGCAACGGCACGCACCCCAGCUUAGACUUGAACGAGCUGAUGCCCAAGUCCGCCGCACUCAGGAAGGUUGCGGUGGACUACCUGGUGGACAACCUGAAGAAAACUCUCUACCUUGAGAAGGAGGAGAGCGUUCCGGUGUACGAGCUUCUCAGCGUCGUGGCCGCGCAGUACAACAUGACCGCCGAGCACUACUGCGAGGUGAUGCGACAGUCCAGUGUGUGGGGGGGCGGGCCGGAGAUCGUGGCCCUGUCCAAUGCUCUCUGCCGACCCAUCCACGUGUAUGAGCUAGCCUCCAAUGGUGUAAGCUUUUGCUUCCGAAGGAUGGCUUGCUUCGGGUCCCCUUCUUUCGACGACAAGCAAGCGAUACACAUCCUCUCCGCCGACUCUAGAUUCCCAAACCUCAAGCCAGGUAGACAGUUGGCUAACGGCAACCACUUUCUAGCCCUCUUCCCCUGUCCAGAGACCGUGGCGUCUCCGGACGCGGCGGGCGUGGGAGUGGGCGGAGGGGGGGCGUCCAGCCUGAGGGGGAGCGCCGCGGAGGCUUCUGCCAUCGGGGUGGGCGGGAAAAAGCCCGGAAAGUUCCGGCGUUUCUUGUCGAGCCUCUUGACCUGCUCGUGCCUGUCGUCCCGGCGAGCCGCGAGGGACGACGACGAGCCCACGGCCGGCGACGUUACCACCAUCACAGACCCAACCAGCGCCCACAAGGGGGCACCUCAUCCGCAGGGGGCGAUGGAGACAGGUGGCGGCGGUGUCGGGGGGGCGAGCGGUUGGCAACAGGGUACCCCGGCACACGACGUCGGGGUUGGGCUAGGUUCGGAAACCGUUUCGGGAGCGAGGGGCGGCGGAGGUGCGCACGCACGGCGAGGGUGGCCGCAGCAGCGAUCGGGCCUGGCUGCUGAUAAUGCUAAGAAGGGGCACGGUGUUGGGUGGACAAGAACCCGAUGACGGGCGUUAUAAGCGUUUUUUUGGUGGACUGGGGACGAAGCGAGGAGGGAGGAGAGGGGCGUGAGACUCCGUUUUUUUGUUUGUUCUUCUGCGACUGGUAUUCGCGAGCUGUAGAAAAGGGCGAGAUUUGACAUGAAAACUUGGCGGGGGUUUUCAACCUGAAAGCCCUAGGGAGUGGCUUUGUCUCUUGUUUUGUGUUUUCGGUGUGGAGCUGCGCGGUCGAGGUCCUGAUGAAUGCGUCAUACAUGGCAUUCGGCGAGAUUUAAAAAAGUUGUGGAUUAGCGGGGUAUCCGAUAUUGGCCAUGUUAUCAUGGCCCGGUUAGGAGAAGCCGUGUAGCCGUGUCGUGUGGAAACGCGCUCGUGGAGAAGUCACAAGCUCGUUUGGAUGAUGAGCGUGGAAUGCGCCACUCCCGUGUUUUGCUACUAUUAUUACCGUGUUACCUCUGGCGUUCCACGAAGGUAAGGGAUUCAUCUGGAUCGGAAAAUGUUUCACACAUGUAUAUAUUUGGAGCAUGCCUGAACAGGCAUUCUCGCGAUGUCGUCUACUUCGCUUGGGAUUGGAAAAUCCACGAGCGGUUUGUCCGUUAUGUCUCAACAAAGGACGUGCCAAUUUUGUUGCCGCCAGCAAUGCGGUUCCAUCCCUGUUGUGACAAAACAACAGCUCUUUUUCGUAUUGUGUCUUCUUGUAGUCUCUGGCGGAGGCAUGUCGAUUUCUCUGUUGACAUGUUGGCAGUAACUCGGGAACUUGUUCCCAAGGGUGGAAUCUCAAGACUAUGUGUUGAUAUUCCACACGACAGCGCUACUGUACAAGGGAAGUGUUCUACGCUGCACGACUAUCGUGUUUUGUACUGGUAUGGUAGCCCCUUGCCCCAUCUCGAACCCGUCUUCCUUUUUCUCCGCGCUCGUUGUAGGGAUGCGCAAGAGAGUGAUGUAAAAAGGGAUGGAUGAUGAAGGACAAAUGCAAGUGGCGGCUCACACGAGAGUCUGUACGGUAGUAAAGGAUGAAUUCGACAGAACAUUCGGUUCUAUCAACCGUACCAAUAACAAGCUCCUGUUUCCA